AGACAUUAUUUUUCAAAGAGUUUAGAAAACUCUUAGUACUCGUUGUUUAACUUUAGUGUUUAGGGGAAAUCUUGUGAUAGUGCGAACAUGGUUAAAGUCACUCCUGAAGAUUUACUAGACAAUGAUAUUGAACUUCUUGAUUAUAUUUCGGUUUCAUCGGACGCUACGAUGGAUGCUCAAUCUCGCAAAGAUCUCGAAAAUAAAAAACGAGCAGAAAUCGAGCCAGAAAUCCUUUUAAAUUCAAGUUUCCCCAAUAUAGUCGUUCGUACGUUCAUAGUUCCUCACUUUUUCAACUUUUUUUUCAAAAACGCUAUUUGUUCUUUAGUAACCGGAAUACCUUCAGUCAAUCAAGAUAAAUUUGAAAAGUUGGAAAAUGCAUUAUGUAAAAGAAUUGUUACCGAAAUGCAACAAAAAGGUGUUUUGAAUCUUAUGGAAGACAAGGAAAAAUCCGGAAAACAUACAUAUCCUUUACAACUUUUUAUUCCUCAAGUUAUGAAGGAUGGCGUUCUAGUCACACAAAAUAUCUGUUUCGUCACUUUUAAAUCAGCUUUCCUUGCUAAAAAGGCAGUUUCCUGUUUAAAAAAUACAGGGCUCGAUUCUAAGCAUCCAUUCUGUGUGUGUUUAUUGGAUGAAUAUCAUUCCAUUGUGGAUGAAACACAAGAUACACAACUUAAUGAAAACAUUGGAUUUUCUAGAAGCGACCUUCGUGAUUGGAUUUCUGAUAGUUUAGCUCGAGAACAAUAUGCUUACCGAUGUGGGAGUGUUUCUAAGAUUAUGUGGUUUGAUACCGCAGAUAGGUGUCCGAAAAACGCUUAUACUCAAGAAGAACAACUUGGGUCUGCUUUAUGUUGGUCACCUAUGGGAUCGUACCUUGUUUCCUUUCAUCAUAAAGGUAUUUGGCUCCGAGGUUCAAAUGAAUUUGUAAAAAAAGUUUCUUUUCUUCAUUCUGGAGUCAAACAUAUUUUAUUUAGCCCUAACGAAGAAUAUAUUAUUACAUGGGAUGGAACUGCACCCGAACCAGAAAAUGAAGAAGCUGUGAUUGUUUGGGAUGUUUUGUCAAGUAAAAAACUUCGUUCUUUUAUGACACCUCAACUGCCAAUGAAUGCUUUAAAAACGGAAGGAGAAGGACUUUGUUCUUUUUUUUUGUUUUCUCCGGAUUCGAAUUAUUUGGCUAUGCGAAGAGAGAAAGAUAUAGCUAUUUAUGAAACGAAUACAAUGCAAUUACUAAAAGAUGCAUCAGGACAAAUGAAUGCAGAAAGAUCAGUUUUAAAUUGCGCCGCAGAACAAUUUCAAUGGUCACCUACCGAUAAUAUUUUGUCCAUAUGGAUUUCAGAAGUUCAAGAUUCCCCUGGACGUUUACUUUUAGUCGACAUUCCAUCUCGACAAGAGAUUUCUAGCAAAAAUGUCUUUUCUGUUAAAAAUGUUUCAAUGUAUUGGCAUCCCCAUGGUGAAUUUUUAGCCUUGUGUACUGUAAUUGCGAGAAAGAAAGGCAAGAAAACCAAAACAGAAACCACUCACAUUGAAAUUUUUCGAGUUAAAGAUAAAUCUAUACCCGUGGAUACAAUGAAUUUAGAAGAUGCACGUGUUAUUUGUUUACGCUGGGAACUUUCAAAAAAUGUCUUUCGUUUUGCCGUAUUAACAUUUAACGAUGCCACAUCAACCCGUUCUAUUAACUUUUAUAAUGUCCCUGUAAAAGGUUCCACACAAGAUACUGAACAUAUUGCAACACUACCAGUAACUCACUGUAUUGAUCGCUUUGAAUGGUCACCUGCGGGUCAAUAUUUUCUAGCUGCAUCUCAAGCUUCUGAUGGGACACUGCUUUUCGGAUGUUUAAAUGAAACAAAUCAUGUUGAAAUCGUACAAAAAGCAACACAUUUCGAGUUGACCGACAUUUUUUGGGACCCUUCCGGUCGCUAUGUAACAACUGCUGUUUUAAUACACGGGGGAGUCGAUUCUUAUCGUAUUACAUCUAAUGCUGGUUUUCACAUUCAUUCAUUUCUCGGACGUCUUCUUUAUCGAUUGCAAGAUGAAAAAACAUGUCAAUUUUUGUGGAGACCACGCCCUCCCAGUUUACUUUCGCCGGACAAAUUAGCGAAUGUUUAUAAAAAGCUUAAGGAAUAUUCGAAACAAUAUAAUGCCGAAGAUGAUCAACGACGUGUUGCUCGAAAUAAUGCAAUAAAACAAGAGACCUCUGGAAAAUUAGUUCUUUUCAUGGAGAGCUGUGAAAGUGCACGAAAAUGGUUACGGUCGCAUCCUUGUUACAAAGAUUGGAAAGAGGCGCAAGCACAAUUAGAUGCUUCUAUGGAUUGGUAUGAGAAGUGUAUAACAACGGAUGACAUUAUUGAUGUUUCUCGCGAAAUCGUUAAAAAAAACACAGAAUAACCUGACUUUAUAACAAUUUUUCGCUUUUUUUUAAACAAAAAAAAAUUCAUUCUGUUCUUUAUUCUGAUUGCUUUUUCAAUCAUUCCAGUUGGAAAAAUAAAAAA